CGCCCCGCUCUGGCUCCGCCCCCCGGCGGCCGCGCGUGCGCGGUGCGGGGCGGGCGCUGAGGGCGCUCAAGGAGAGCCGCCAUGCCCGGGGUGCUGCGGGUGCCUCCGCUCGAGGAGCUCGAUGUGCAGGAGGUGGCGGUGAGCUCGUCCGUGCUGAAGGCCGCGGCGCACCACUACGGCUCGCAGUGCGACCGGCCCAACAAGGAGUUCAUGCUGUGCCGCUGGGAGGAGAAGGACCCGCGCAAGUGCCUGAGGGAGGGCCGGCAGGUGAACCAGUGCGCCCUCGACUUCUUCAGGAGCAUCCGCACGCACUGCGCCGAGCCCUUCACGGCCUACUGGACGUGCAUCGACUACACCGGCCAGCAGGAGCUGCGCCGCUGCCGCAAGCAGCAGGCAGCCUUCGACUCCUGCGUGCUGGACAAGCUGGGCUGGGUCAGGCCCGACCUGGGAGACCUCUCCAAGGUUACGAAGGUGAAGACAGACCGUCCUCUGCCUGAGAAUGCCUAUCACUCUAGACCCAGACCAGAGCCAAACCCACCCACGGAAGGGGAGCUGAAGCCCUCUCCCCUUGGCAGCAGGCUCUUUUUCUGGUCCUGGUGAAGUGGGCAGGCUGUGCUGUGACUCAAGUGCAGAGAUGUGGCACUUGCACAUGUAAAUUGUGUGGUGUGUUCUGGGUAUCACUAAUAAUUAAAGAGCCCAAAACCAUUA